CGCUGUGUCACGCUUGCGUUGCUUGUUCAUUUUGAUAAUAAAUCUGGCAACGUAUUUUAAGCACCCGGCAUCAAAACAAUAAUAUCAUUCUGUCAUUAUGAAUCAGCAAUUUUGCGACUUUGCCGCAUUGUGGUUUAGUUUUCAGCUGUUGAUGUUUUCAGGUCUAUAAAGCCAGUAUAGGCCUAGUAUUUCUCGUCGCACCUUUUUGUACAUCUUCAUUUGAGGCCGAUUUAUUUGUUUCUUCCAGUAAAACUAUUUGAAAAGGAUUAACAUGGACAAAAAGGCAGAUAUUGCACUCAUCGGGUUGGCUGUAAUGGGCCAAAACCUGAUUCUUAAUAUGAAUGACCAUGGAUUUGUGGUUUGUGCGUUUAAUCGAACAGUUGAAAAGGUUGAUCAUUUUCUUGCAAAUGAAGCUAAAGGUACUAAAAUUAUCGGCGCCAAAAGUUUAGAAGACAUGGUGUCAAAAUUGAAGAAACCUAGAAAAGUUAUGAUGUUGGUGAAGGCUGGAGCUGCAGUAGAUGCAUUUAUAGAUAAAUUGGUCCCAUUGCUAGAAGCAGGUGAUAUAAUAAUUGAUGGUGGAAAUUCCGAAUACACAGACUCCAUAAGAAGAGCCAAAAGUCUAGAGGCAAAGAAUUUAUUAUUUGUAGGAUCUGGUGUCUCUGGUGGAGAAGAAGGUGCUCGCUAUGGACCAUCACUGAUGCCAGGCGGUUCACCAAAAGCUUGGCCUCACAUCAAACCCAUAUUUCAAGGCAUUGCUGCAAAGUCAGAUGGUGAACCAUGCUGUGAUUGGGUUGGUGAAGACGGAGCAGGUCAUUAUGUGAAAAUGGUUCACAACGGUAUUGAAUAUGGAGAUAUGCAGUUAAUUUGUGAAGCUUGUCAUAUUAUGAAAGAUGUUGUUGGAAUGAAUAAUGAUGAAAUAUCUCAGGUUCUCACAGAAUGGAAUAAAGGAGAACUAGAUUCUUUUUUGAUUGAAAUCACUGCAGAUAUCAUGAAAUUUCGUGAUACUGAUGGUCUUCAUCUUGUUGAUAAAAUAAGAGAUGCUGCAGGACAGAAAGGAACUGGAAAAUGGACGGCUAUAUCUGCUUUAGAUCAAGGAAUGCCAUUGACAUUAAUAGGAGAAUCAGUUUUUGCAAGGUGUCUAUCAUCAUUAAAAGAUGAGAGAGUUACCGCAUCAAAACAAUUGAAGGGACCAACCCAAGGAGUUGUCAAAAUUGAUGACAAAAAGAAAUUUAUCGAAGAUUUGAGACAGGCAUUGUAUGCAUCAAAAAUAAUAUCAUAUGCUCAAGGGUUUAUGUUAAUGAGAGGAGCAGCUAAAGCAUACAACUGGGAUUUGAAUUACGGGGGCAUUGCACUCAUGUGGAGAGGUGGAUGUAUUAUUAGAAGUGCUUUUCUGGGUGAAAUCAAAAAGGCUUUUGCUAAGAAUCCAAAGCUUGAAAACUUACUUCUGGAUGAUUUUUUCAAAGUUGCAAUUCAUAAAUGUCAGGAUGGAUGGAGAAGAGUGUUAUCAGCUGCAGUGUUGCAGGGAAUUCCAACACCUUGUCUCAGUUCCGCAUUAGCAUUUUAUGAUGGUUAUCGAUCAGAACGUGUUCCUGCUAAUAUUAUUCAGGCACAACGGGACUACUUCGGAGCUCAUACGUACGAACUGUUAUCAGAACCAGGAAAGCAUGUUCACACGAACUGGACUGGACGUGGUGGACAAGUUUCAUCCUCUUCAUAUAAUGCAUAAUAUGUAACUCUUUUACUACCUUUUAAAUCAACAGUGUAGUUUUGAUGUUUUGUAAUUAAAAUAUCAAAUUAGGUAACAGCUACAACAACUCAACUUUUUGAAUUCAUUAUCUUCAAUAUAGUGCCAAUUAGAACAUUUGUGUAUUUUUAAAUACCCAAAUAGUGUCUGUACUGUUACUUUACCUGCAUUGAAUCAUUGCGAUAAUGUUUCGUUGAGGGCUUAUUUGAUUACCUAUUGAAUGAAAUUACGAUGUUAUGAAUUUUCUUAGUCUUUUGGUACUUUUAAUAAUGGUUAUUAUAUCUGUUAUAAAUUUUAAUAAAACUGGUACCUAGAAAUAUUUGAGAUUAAUAUAAAUAUAUAUAACGUGUCUUACCAUGUAUUGCAGUAUUUACUCCACAGAUUUUUCUUUGUCUGAUUUGCAUGAAUCUUGGUAGUGAAAUCUGCUGAAUGUGGUGCCCGAUUUUCAAAUUAUAACAUUUCGUAUUCACAUAGUUCUUCAAUAUUAAUACUCUUUUGAUUUAAUGAAUGAACUACGGAUUUGAUUGUGUACUAUAUGUACUAUUUCUUUUUCCAGUUGUAUCAAGUUCCGUUUAUGCUAUUUUUAUAUUAACCCUGGUAUGAAGGAUAAAGAUUAUGAAUAUAUCUUAUGUUUAUGCUUAUAUGCCCUUACGGCACACCUUGUAUGUUCUAUAUUAUUUGCUACCACUUUUGCUCUUUUAUAUGCAGAUAAAAAUAAUUACAAUUCACAUAAUAAUCAUAAUAGUAGUGUUAUUAAUAAAUAAUAGAAAUACUGAA